GUCGAGUCGGUUGGCCAAUGUUCAUGCAUGAUGAGCGUCCAUGUCGUUCCGUCCCGGCGUCGCAUUCGCCUCGCCGUAAAGCUCACGGCUCCGUCCCUACCAACAGCGACACCGACGCCUGACGCCGACGACCCACCACCCUCCGCCUCGCCUCGCCCCACUCCGCCCCGUGCCCGUACCCAUGCGCGCGCGCGAGCCACACCUAAAAGCCCAUCGACCCCAUCCAACCCAUGGUCGCCGCGGCGGAUGCAUACGCUGGCCAUGGCCAUGCGCCGCCUCCUCAGCGCCCUCGACGUCCGCGCCUCUCACUUGCCGAGGCCUCCGCCGCCGCCGCCUUCACCGGCCCAGCAGGGGACGUCCUUCCCCAUGCUGCUCCCGGUCUUCCUCCUCUUCGUCCUCCUCCUCUGCUUCCUCUCCAUCUUCCUCCUCCGCGACCUCCUCCGCUUCUUCUCCCUCUGGCUCCGCCGCCGCCGCCGCCCCCAGUCCAGCGACGCGGACGCCGCCACGGGCGAAGAAGGCGAGCCCGCGCCCGCGCCGCGCAAGCCGGCGGGCCUGGAUCCCGCCGUCAUCGCCUCGUUCCCCACGGUGCGGUUCGAGGCCGACGCCGCCGGCUCCGCGGCGCCGGCGGAGUGCGCGGUCUGCCUGUCCGAGUUCGCGCCCGGCGACGCCGUCCGGUCGCUCACCGUCUGCCGCCACGCCUUCCACGCCGCGUGCAUCGACUCGUGGCUCGGCGCGCACACCACGUGCCCGGUCUGCCGCACCGACCUGGACGCCCCGCCCAACGAGGAGAUCGCCGUCGCGGAAGAACGCGGAGACCGUGGCCGGGCUGCAGCGGCGGUCCACGAGUUCACUGGACACCGGAUAACGUCGUCACCUCCGGCAAGUGGCCAGCGGUAACCAACGGUCGCCGGGCACGCAACACUGAGUGGCGAUCCGAAGAUGAACAGGGGGGCCGGCUGUGCAUGCGAGGCGAACCUGUUCUGUGAAGGGGGAAAAACUCCUCUGGCCCCCGAGUCGUCUCCCCCACCUCUCCUCUCCCUCGUCGCCACCGGAGGUGGCCGCCGGCUCGCCGCUCGGCCGCCGGUGAAGGUGGCGGCGAGGAUCUGGCCGCCCCGUUCUUCCUCGGGGGGCUUUGGAUUCGUGGCGGCGGCCUCGGCUGGUG